AUGUCCAACCACCUCUCUCAAGUGCUGAGCCUGAUCUUCAGCUCGUGGAUAUUUGUCAUCAUCUCAGCUGUCACCUUGCUCCUGUAUGCUCUCCUCUUGCUGUCACUUUACUUCAUGCUCAGCAGGAAAAUAGCCCAGCAUUCCCAUGGGAUGCAGAGAUCCAGCAGCCCUGUGGCACAGCCCACCCUGGAUCCAGCCCCUAUGGCACAGCCCACCCCGGAUCCCACUCCAUCAGCAGGAGGGGCCAAGGCACAACAACCAGCACCAGCCUAUGCAGGGAGCAGCGACACCUCCUCGGACACCUCGGAGGACUCAUCUGACAGCCCCUCCUGCCCACAGGGCCAAGGCUCAGGAGGGAACAUCAACUACACAGCCCUGGUCUUCCCAGGGAAAGGCCGUGGGCCAGGCCCUGCCCAGGACUACGAGAACAUGAAGACUGGGACUGACUAUGUCAACGUGGACCCCAAGAAGAAGAAAGCACAUCUCUGGCCCUGCUCCAGCCCCGUGGCAUCCCAGCCUGUGGAGUACACCGAGGUGAAGCUGUGA